AUGCCAGCCACGGCAACCUCUGCUUCUCUCGUUAGGACCGACUUAGAGUUCAAGUCGUACUCUGAGGAUAGGGACUUCAGAGCCGAAGGGAAGCCUGAGCCGAACAGUCGCUCCCAGACUCUGAUCUACCAUCUACAUGACAAAAAAUGGUGGAUCAAAGUAACUUUUAAGGGCGCAGUUCCCUCCGUGGCUCACAGUAUCCAACCGGAGCAAAUCAAAUCAAAACCCGAACGACGAAAUGAGUUCCAAAACCUUGUAACGAUGAUCGAUUUUCAAUCGCUGGAUCUUCUGGAUGACACUGUGACUGAACUGGUUUUGCAUGAAGACGCGAAAAGUAUCGAAGCUGUUAAGCUGCAUCGCGAACCGAAAGAUACCAAUCGGUUUGCGAAGCUCAUUCCAAACCUGCGAUUUUACAUUCAGGAGGAUCCUUUGAGAACGGUUUAUCCGAUAUCCUUACAAUUUCCAUCUUUUCGAACCAUCGAAGUCGCAGACUUGAUACUUGAGAAUGAGAUCACCGCCGGAGUAUUUCGUGUUUUACACAGGGACGACAACAUUCGAUAUAUUCUCAAGGUGGUCAACCGUCCUUUUUACCAACCACGCGAUUCAGAAGUUAUACGACAAGAACUGCAAAAUCUCGAACACUUUAAAGGUGUGGCAGGAAUAGUCCAGCCAGCUGGUAUUGCAGUGUUCAGCAACCCAUACGCAACCUUCGCAAGAGGUAACCAACAGAUGGUUAUCAAUGGUAUCCUUUUGGAUUACUAUGGCGGUGGCUCCUUGCAAAACGUCAUGGAUGAACAGCGUGUCAAGGAAUACAACUGGGAGCGAUGGGCUAUUCAAAUUGGGAAUGCUUUACGCACUCUACACUCCGCGGAGAAAACUCAUAUGGACUUGAAGCCUUCAAACGUUGUUUUAGACAACGAUGGAAAUACGGUCCUCAUUGACAUUAGUGGCAUCGGCGGAGUAACGCAUGAAUGGCUUGCUCCGGAGAUACGGGAUGAAAUUUCACCCUUUGAUCUGCCAUUCCAAACACGUCGAAUGAACGACACUUGGGCCUAUGGAAAGGUUCUGAGUGAAAUCGCGUCAAAAGUCGAUGAUAGCAACCCCUUUGCGGAGACUCUAAUGCUCGUUGCGGAUCGUCUAACUCAAAAUGUUCAUACCCGAUGGACUCUAUCUAAAGCAAUUUCUCAGUUAGAAAUUGUUUGA